GUGCCCCGCCCACGGAGGUUUGAGGGGCUCGCGGCUUCACUUGCGGGCGGACUCUUCCUCCUCCAGCCCCGGGCUGCUCGGCAAAGACCGCUCUUCGCCAACAGAAGAAGAAUUAAACAGCGGGAAUAAACAAAAUGCCGUGAUCAUUUUCUGUUAAUUUUGUCGUCUUGGUGGAAGGACGCAGGCUGUGGGGGAAAAGGACUUAAGAGGGACGUAAACCGUCGAGCGGAAUGGAGACCAUCUUUCUUGUGCUUCUAUCCGCCUGCUGCUGCUGCUUUUGGGGCUCGUCGGCAGCUUUCUCACUGGAGGAGCGAUCCAGCCACUUGUCCCUGGAGAAGACGUACGGACGCACUGUGAAGGAUUCCCAGUGCCGUCACAUGUUGAAGCACCUUCACAAUGGCGCCCGCAUCACCGUGCAGAUGCCUCCAAACGUGGAGGGUCACUGGGUGUCCACCAGUUGUGAGGUGAGACCCGGCCCAGAGUUCCUGACCCGCUCCUACCGCUUCUACAGCAACAACAGCUUCCAGGCGCACCAGUUCUACUACGAGGACAACCACUGUACCAAGCCCACCUACACGCUGCUCUUACGGGGUCGCCAGCGUCUGCGUCAGGCGUCCUGGAUCAUCCGGGGCGGCACAGAGGCAGAGUACCAUCUCCACCGGGUCCAGAUGGUGUGUCACACAGCCGACGUGGCCACGGAGCUGAGCCAGAGGCUAAACGGGAGCUGCCGGGGCGCCGCGAAGGGCCACUGGGUGCCCGGCGUCGCGUACGAGCUGUGCAGCGAGGACGGCGGCUACAACUUCUCCCGUGAGCUCAACUUUGCCAUGCAUGAACUGCAGCUGCUGCGGCUAGAGAGGCAGUACACGCACAACGCCGAUCACCUGGUGGAGGAGCUCUUCCUCGGGGACGUCCACACUGACCCGGCCCAGAGGUUGUACUACAAGCCCUCCAGCUACCAGACGCCCCUGCAGAACGCAAAGAACCACUUCCACGGCUGCAUCGCCUGCCGCAUCAUCUCCCGCUCCGACGAGCUGCACCCGCCCAUCCUCCCGCCGCGGGCCGACCCGGCCGUGGGUCUGUACGGCCAGUGGGUCAGCCAGCGCUGCGAGGUGCGCCCGGAAGUCCUGUUCCUCACGCGCCACUUUGUGUUCCACGACAACAACCACACCUGGGAGGGCCACUACUACCACUUCUCCGACCCGGUGUGCAAGCACCCCACCUUCACCAUCUACGCCCGCGGACGCUACAGCAGGGGGCUCCACUCCACCCGCGUCAUGGGAGGCACAGACUUCGUCUUUAAAGUCAACCACAUGCGGGUCACGCCCAUGGACUCGGCGACCACCUCGCUCCUCAACGUGUUCAACGGCAACGAGUGCGGCGUGGAGCGCUCCUGGCAGGUGGGCGUGGAGCAGGACGUGACGGUGACCAACGGCUGCGUGGCGCUGGGCAUCCGCCUGCCUCACACCGAGUACGAGCUCUUCCGCAUGGAACAGGACGCCCACGGACGCUACCUGCUCUUCAACGGCCAGCGGCCCAGCGACGGCUCCAGCCCGGACCGCCCGGAGAAGCGGGCCACGUCCUACCAGCUGCCGCUGGUGCGGUGCUCCGCCAGCAGUCAGUCGCCGGGACGCGCCGACGACGGAGACACGUCUCUGCGUCUCGGUAACGGCGGUGACGGACGUCACGGAGGAGGCGGGGCCUGCGUCAUGGCCGCUCUUCUUGCUUUAAGCUGGAACUGGCAGAACUAAAAGUUGAAUAAAAGUCCUGACACUGAUGUGCUACCUGCACUGGUUCUACUUGGGAACACACCAGAACCUUUGGAGUGGAGAACAUGAUGCAGAAAUCUACUCUUUUCUUAAGAGGAGGAUUUUUCAACUCCAAACUCCAGGAGCCAAAGACUUCUUGGGGGGAAAAAACUGCACUUUAGAGUGAACAAAGAAGCUCAACUCUGAAAAAAAAAACUGUUAUGGAAAUUGAAGUAUUAAAUGGGAUUUAUAUUCAGGCAC